CACCUCUUCGAAGAUUUGUGACAAAGUUUCGUCCACUGCUAGAGUGGCUGUUGUGGUCCUGUUUACAAACAUACGAUGGAUCUUCUAUACGUGAUAUUUACCUAACAAUGGGUUGAGGUUCUCUACAACAAGACAGGUCUUAGUGGAUAACCACCAUGCAAGAUUAUCUAUAUGAACUGUAAUUCACAUCUUCGAAGGGUUUACCAUUAUGUUUCCAUAAGACGGAAAUAAGAACUGGUGAGAAUUAUAGCUUGUGAUACAGAGUCUGAUUACACCGUGUGUUGAGUCUGUGACGGAGUUGACCAUGAGGGAGGAGGAAGUGGAGAUUGCCAUCAAAGUGGUAGUCGUGGGCAAUGGUGCCGUGGGCAAGUCCAGCAUGAUUCAGCGAUACUGCAAAGGGAUAUUUACCAAGGACUAUAAGAAAACUAUUGGAGUUGAUUUCCUGGAGAGACAAAUUGAAGUGAACCAGGAAGACAUCCGGCUGAUGCUAUGGGACACCGCCGGACAGGAGGAGUUUGAUGCAAUCACUAAAGCCUACUACAGAGGGGCUCAGGCGUGUGUCCUUGCAUUUUCCACCGUGGACCGAGACUCCUUUGAAGCCAUAGAAUCGUGGAAAAGAAAGGUGGAGGAUGAGGUUGGAGAGAUCUCCAUGGUGAUUGUACAGAAUAAGAUUGAUCUCAUAGAUGAUGCACUGGUCCAGACGGAAGAGGCUGAGGCUCUGGCCAAGAAGUUGAGGCUGAGGUUUUACAGGACCUCCGUUAAAGAGAAUCUCAAUGUUGAUGAAGUGUUCAGGUAUUUGUCACAGAAGUACCUGGACCGCCUCAAUAUGGUGAUAGAGGAGGACACAGCACCACAGAAGAUAGGCCAGGGUUUGAUUCAAACGGAAACCAAGAACAAUCACAAAGACAAAGAAAAGAAGAAACAGAAUGAUACCAUAAAUUUACAACCGAGUAAGAGACGGACUCAUGGCAAAAAGUCUCUAGUCGCAAAUAAGUGUAGUCUGUUGUAGCAGCCCCUGUGUAUCUAUGUACAGUUCCGGAUGUGUCAGAAGAACGACUGUCACAGUCAGACCCUGUAAACCAACAGUAGACCAUGCCAGACCCUAUAAAACAGCAGUAGACCGUUCCAGCCCCCCCCCAACCAGCAGUAGACUGUGCCAGACCCUCUCAACCAGCAGUAGACUGUACCAGCCCCUCUAAACCAGCAGUAGACUGUACCAGCCCCUCAACCGACAGUAGACCAUCCAGACCCUCUCAACCAGCAGUAGACCACCCAGACCCUCUUAACCAGCAGUAGACCAUGCCAGACCCUCUCAACCAGCAGUAGACCAUCCAGACUCUCAACCAGCAGUAGACUGUGACAGACCCCCUCAACCGACAGUAGAACAUCCAGACCCUCUCAACCAACAGUAGAACAUGCCAGACCCUCUAAACCAGCAGUAGACCAUCCAGACUCUCAACCAGCAGUAGACUGUGACAGACCCCCUCAACCGACAGUAGAACAUCCAGACCCUCUCAACCGACAGUAGAACAUGCCAGACCCUCUCAACCAGCAGUAGACCAUCCAGAUCUUCUCAACCGACAGUAAACCAUCCAGACUCUCUCAACCAACAGUAGACCAUCCAGACCCUCUCAACCGACAGUAGACCAGCCAGAUCCUCUCAACCGACAGUAAACCAUCCAGACUCUCUCAACCAACAGUAGACCAUCCAGACCCUCUCAACCGACAGUAGACCAGCCAGACCCUCUUAACCAGCAGUAGACCACCCAGACCCUCACAACCGACAGUAGACCAUCCAGACCCUCACUGCUGAGAGUAGACCAUGCCAGACCCUCUCAACCAACAGUAGACCAUCCAGACUCUCACUGCUGAGAGUAGACCAUGCCAGACCCUCUCAACCAACAGUAGACCAUCCAGACUCUCAACCAGCAGUAGAUCAUGCCAGACCCUCUCAACCAACAGUAGACCAUCCAGACUCUCACUGCUGAGAGUAGACCAUGCCAGACCCUCUCAACCAGCAGUAGACCAUCCAGACUCUCAACCAACAGUAGACCAUCCAGACUCUCAACCAACAGUAGACCAUCCAGACUCUCAACCAACAGUAGACCAUCCAGACUCUCAACCAACAGUAGAUCAUGCUGACCCUCUCAACCAGCAGUAGAUCAUGCUGACCCUGCAGAUCCUUUCAACGAGAAGAUGAAUAUGCCGUACCUGGAGAUUUGACAAACUUAGUUCCAGCAAUGCUGUGAGGGGGCUUUGAUAACAUCUAGCAUGUUGUGAUGUUUCAAGUGUCAUCAAGGCUAGGAAAAGACAUGGCUAGACCAUACAUGACUAUCUGAAUAUGAUACCAAUACUGAAAUACUGGGAUACUGAAGAACUAUGAAGUGGACGAUACCCGGACUAGUUUUUAUCAGACCUUCCCCUUGAUGAUGUAAUGUGUCUACACUGUGUCUUACAGUUUUGUUGUGGGACCAUUUAUUAUCUUUCCUAAGCUUCUGUAAGACAGCUGUGUGUCGUGUAUUAGUCUGGUCUAAAUUGGAGCAGUUACAGGCCAUUUUAGAAACUUGCUUAUAUACUGAUGGACGUAAUUAAGAGAACAUAUGAAAAUUGUGGGAUGGGCCUGGAAGGGCCCGAAGUGUGGCAUGGUUUCAAAUGCAAAUGGCGGAAAUGCUGUGUUAAGUGGCUCUCAGUGCCUGAAAUUAUAUCUAUAUAACAAUUAUCUGCUUACUUAGAUUCAGUGUGACAAGUAUCUGUUCGUAUGCAAAAUAUAUAUUUCCUAAUCUCAUUGUGUCAGAUCGGUAGCCCAGACAUAGACUCAUGAGACUGCACCAUUCCAAUGUCAUAUAAACAGAAUCUAACUAUCAUUACAUGUACUGUGUCAGAUGUACGUUCGAACCUGUUUAAUCCGAAGUCAUGUAAACUUGAGCAACUUUUCUCUCUAUGUGGUAAUGUGUCUGUGCAAUACUCCCCCGUUCCUCAGAUUCAAGACAAAGUAAAAGUGUUACGUUUGUUUACCUGCGCUCUCAGCAUUAUUUCAGGUAUAUGAUGACGAUCUGUAAUUCUGGACAAAAAAAAUCAGUGAAUGACAUCAUGAGCAUCAAUCUACGCAAAUGGGAUAAGAUGACAUGCUUCAACCAAGUCAGAAAUCCUGACCACCCGAUCCCAUUAGUUUUAACUAACAACGAAGACCAAAGUAUAAGACGAACAUUAUUACGCUUUUUAAAUUUGAAAUCAUAGUCCCUGCUUAAGAACUUUUAGUUAUGUUUUAUUCUGCCUGAGGAAUGUUUAACAAAUACCCAUAUAUUACCUACUCACUUAAUUAAUUUGAUACAGAUCUGACCAAAAUAGGAUCUCAAGGGAUGCACAGGUUUAAGUGCUCAAGAUGUCAAAUGUGAUGGAGAUAUUCCAUCAGCUUGAGAAUGCUAAAUAUGAUAUAAUACACUGCAUUGCAGUCGCUACCGAUACUGAUACCUGCAAGAUCUGACUUAUACACCGCUACAAUUUACAAAUCAUACUUUUAUGAUCUAACAUACAGAGCUCCAGAUAAGCUUUUGGUGUUGUGUUUUUUUUACCCAUGCAUUUUAAAAUCACUGGGUAUCAGUAAUUCUAUCUGGGUAUUCAAAUUUCUGUUACCCACUAGUUUUUACACAUGUGGG